UCUUUCAGGUGGCCGCGUCAGAUACCAAGAGCGCCCGGAGCUUCCUUUCCACGGGAGGAGCACUUGAGAGAAAGACUGGGAAGCUGACUCUGUAAAGCGCGCGCAGGCUGCUGCUGCUGCUGCUGUUCCCCGGGCAGCCUUGCGCCCAGUCCGGCGCCUCGCUCUCCCCACGCCCUGUCAGGGAGGAGCUGCCCGCUGCCGCUUUUUUCUUGGCCCGCUGCAGCAUUUAGCUCCCUCGCCAUAUGUGAAGCUGGAGCCUCCUCAACUUGACAAGGCCGAAGAAAAACCUGCUCUCUUCAGGGUUGCUGAGCCAUGUCAUGUAUUGUUCGCCGGCGCUGAGUUAAUUCCCCCCCCCCCCCAUUUUGCCUUCAUCUCUUGCUUUCAUUUGCCCUCUGACAUCAAAGCACGGAGACCGCCAUGGGCUGCUUCUGCGCCGUCCCGGAGGAAUUUUAUUGUGAAGUUCUGCUUCUGGAUGAAUCCAAGUUGACCUUAACCACCCAGCAGCAGGGGAUAAAGAAGUCAACGAAAGGCUCGGUUGUCCUAGGCUACGUAUUCCGGCAUUUAAACCUUGUGGAGAUAGAUUACUUUGGACUGCGUUACUGUGACAGAAGUCACCAGACGUACUGGCUGGAUCCUGCAAAGACCCUUGCAGAACAUAAGGAACUAAUAAACACUGGUCCACCCUACACACUGUACUUUGGUGUUAAAUUCUAUGCAGAAGAUCCAUGCAAAUUAAAAGAAGAAAUCACAAGGUAUCAGUUUUUCUUACAGGUGAAGCAAGAUGUCUUGCAAGGCCGCUUGCCUUGCCCUGUCAACAUUGCUGCUCAGCUGGGAGCAUAUGCAAUACAGGCUGAACUUGGAGACUAUGAUCCAUACAAGCAUAUUGCAGGUUAUGUUUCGGAAUACCGCUUUGUUCCAGACCAGAAAGAAGAACUAGAAGAUGCUGUAGAACGGAUACACAAAACUCUGAUGGGACAAGUUCCGGCUGAGGUAGAACAGAAUUACUUAGGAGUGGCAAAGACACUUGAAAUGUAUGGAGUUGAUCUUCAUCCUGUUUAUGGUGAAAACAAAUCUGAGUACUUCCUAGGGUUAACCCCUGUAGGAGUGGUUGUCUACAAGAAUAAAAAGCAAGUUGGGAAGUAUUUUUGGCCUAGAAUUACAAAAGUCCACUUCAAGGAAACUCAGUUUGAGCUCAGAGUUCUGGGAAAAGAUUGUAAUGAAACUUCCUUCUUCUUCGAGGCACAGAGCAAAACUGCAUGCAAGCAUUUAUGGAAAUGCUGCGUAGAGCAGCACACAUUCUUCAGAAUGCCAGAAAACGAAUCCAGUUCUCUAUCAAGAAAACUUGGCAAACUUGGGCCUCUUGGCUAUAAGCACCGGUAUAGUGGGAGAACAGCUUUGCAAAUGAACAAAGACAUCUCUGUCCAGCUUCCUCGACCUGACCAAACAGUUGAAAGAAGUCGUAGUAAGACUUACCCAAAAAGAGCAUCCAAAACACAACAGAUUGGAUCACAUUGUACAAAUCACACUGUAACUGGAGAAAAUGAAGGAACUACAAAAAUUAUUGCACCCUCACCAAUAAAAAGUUUCAAAAAAUUAAGAAAUGAAAGCAGCCCAGAAACCCAAAGAAGCAAAACCAGUGCACCAUGGGAAGAAAACUGCCCACAGAGUGGGCUUUAUAAUUCUCCCAGUGACCGCAACAGAUCUCCGAAAUUUCCUAAUUCACGACGACGACACCCUUCAGGAGGGAGCGAAAAUGAGCCUGGAGUGCCACUUAGACGAAGAUCACGAUCCCGUUGCAAUACCAGCAGUGGUAGUGAAUCAGAAAACUCAAACAGAGAACAUCGGAAGAAGAGACAUAGGGUACGACAGGAGAAUGACAUGGUUGAUUCAGGUCCCCAGUGGGAAGCAGUGCAGAGGCGGCAAAAAGAGAAAAACCAAUCAGAUCCCAACCACCGGCGAUCAAGGCACAGAUCUCGAUCGAGAAGUCCAGAUGUGCAAGCAAAGGAAGAAUUGUGGAAACACAUUCAAAAGGAGCUUGUGGACCCAUCUGGCAUGUCUGAGGAACAAUUAAGAGAGAUUCCAUAUACGAAAAUAGAGACUCAAGGCGACCCUGUUCGCAUCAGACAUUCCCACUCCCCUAGAAGUUAUCGCCAGUAUAGACGGUCGCAGUGCUCUGACGGAGAGAGAUCUGUUCUGUCAGAAGUUAAUUCAAAAACAGACCUCGUACCUCCAUUACCUGUAACUCGUUCCUCAGAUGCUCACUGCCCCACCAUUGCAGUAUCUCACCAGAGGCAAAAUGGAUCUAAAGACAGCCUAAUAGAAGAAAAGGCACAGGCACCCAUCAACAACCUGGAUGGAAAGCACAGUGCAAAGACAAUAAAAAUUGUACAAGCUUCACGGCUUAAGACAGAGACUUGAUUCUUCUAGCAAAGGACUGUGAGAGGAUGCUGCUCCUUGGAAUUUUCAAAUGGUACAGAAGUCCAACGACACUUAAACGGCACAGUUGGGAUUUUUGACCUAAAUUAAAGCAAAGAUUUAAACUAUGAAAUAUUUCUUGAGGACGAGGGAAAUUGCUCUCAAGGAUAACACCAAUAAGAUCAGAGGAUUGAACAAAACAGCUGUUGGCUUACUGGAAGAUCUAUGAAAGUAAAGGUUUUAGAUAAUAACUACUCCAGUUGCAAAAACCAGUUACAGCCGAUUGCUAACCAUGGACAAUGCCCUGGGUGACUUGAUUCAAAAAAUGGAAGUAUCAGCAAAGAUACAAAAGCAAUGUACUUGCCAAAUGUGCAAUAGUAAAUGUUUUCUGAAUUUAAGAGUAA